AUGAGCUAUGUACAUAUAUGGUAUCAAAAAGACCGAUUACGUCGCAAUCGUGACAACGGUCACAAUCAUAUUCGUCGAGCCAGGGAAAGAAGAAGAUAUAAUCCGUCAACUUUUCGUAUCGAGGAUACUGCGGUGUUUCCUCCCGAAUUUAGCCAAUUCGUUGAACAAAUGAUUUUCGGAACCCCAUUCCACGAAAGCUGA